GCGGUGCAUUGUGGGAGCCGGAGACACUGCCCAGCCCGCGACCCUGGAGCCGACCGAAGACGCUGAAGACAGUAGACAUAUUGUUGUGUUUUCUCCUAUUUCCAGACUGGCAUCUGCACAAUGUCGAGCAGAGGGGGAAAAAAGAAGAGCACCAAGACAUCGCGGUCGACCAAGGCCGGAGUGAUCUUCCCUGUGGGCAGGAUGCUUCGUUACAUCAAGAAGGGACUGCCCAAGUACCGCAUUGGCGUAGGGGCACCGGUGUACAUGGCUGCUGUGCUGGAGUAUCUCACAGCUGAGAUCCUCGAGCUGGCGGGCAACGCAGCCCGGGACAAUAAGAAGGGCCGGGUCACCCCCAGACACAUCCUGCUGGCUGUUGCCAAUGACGAAGAGCUCAACCAGCUACUGAAGGGCGUGACCAUUGCAGCAGGCGGAGUCCUGCCCAACAUCCACCCAGAGCUCUUGGCCAAAAAGAGAGGCUCCAAAGGAAAACUGGAGGCCAUCAUCACUCCACCACCUGCCAAGAAGUCCAAAACGUCAUCCACCAAGACAUCAGGUGCCAAGAAGUCUGGUGGGAAGAAGGGCACGGGAAAAAGCAAGAAGAAGCAAGGCGACGUGAGCAAGGCGGCCAGUGCAGACAGCACCACAGAGGGCACGCCGCCUGAUGGCUUCACCAUCCUCUCCACCAAGAGCCUCUUCCUUGGGCAGAAGCUCAAUCUCAUUCACAGUGAAAUCAGUAACUUGGCUGGCUUUGACGUGGAGGGGGUAAUCAAUCCCACCAAUGCUGACAUUGACCUUAAAGAUGACCUAGGCAGUGCCCUGGAGAAGAAGGGCGGAAAGGAGUUUGGUGAGGCUGUCCUGGAGCUGCGCAAGAAGAACGGCCCCCUGGAGGUGGCAGGAGCGGUCCUGACCUCGGGCUAUGGUCUUCCUGCCAAGUUUGUCAUCCACUGUAAUAGCCCAGGCUGGGGCUCUGACAAAUGUGAGGAGCUGCUGGACAAAACGGUGAAGAACUGCCUGGCGCUCGCUGACGAGAAAAAGCUCAAAUCGGUGGCGUUCCCCUCCAUUGGUAGUGGCAGGAACGGCUUCCCAAAGCAGACAGCUGCCCAACUCAUUCUGAAGGCCAUCUCCAGCUACUUUGUGGCCACCAUGUCUUCUUCCAUCAAGACGGUUUACUUUGUGCUGUUUGACAGCGAGAGCAUAGGAAUCUAUGUGCAGGAAAUGGCAAAGCUUGAUGCCAACUAAUUCUUUACCCUCAGCCUCCCCAAUUUGUAAGAUCAUUUAAGAUUUUCUGAUUCAAAAGAAACCUUGCAUAACUGUUUUUUUUUUUUCUCUGGGAAAUAUUUUUUUUUAAACAUUUCCUGUAAAUGUUGACACUGACAUCUGAUUUUACUUGCACUGUUUCGCAGGUGGUACACGAGUGGUCUUCUCACCAAGGUGAGGUGGGUUCCUUUAUGUAGGCGGGAUUAUUAUUACUGAAGCAGUUGCAUUCCAAGUGUUUGCAAUGCCGUGGUCCUCUAGGGUGGGGAAGGGGUGUCCCGGAUACUUUUUGUAUUUGUGCUGUGCUCCCACGUGUUGACCCCAUUUAUUUGUUUUCCUUUAUUUUUUUAAUAGAUAACUGCAGUCUUUUAUGAUUAUAAAGUGUAUUAAAAUGUUAGAGAUUGUGUGUAAAACAUUUCAGUAAAUAUUUCAAUGUGA